AUGCACUUGUUCCGUGUCCCCGACACUUCACCCUCCGCCGCGCCACCAUCUUCCCGCAUCCAACUCGGCUACCCGUCGCAACUCCGCCGCAACCGCGUCUCCACCGCCCCCGUCCUCGGACAGGCGCUCGCCAUCGCCGCCGUUCCCUACGGCAUGGGCAGCGCGCUCACCUCCGCAGCCGUCUACGGCGGCGGUCAGCUCACCCUCCUCGUCGGCCUGUUCGUCGUCUUGCUGCUCGCCGGGUGCGUCGCCGCGUCCCUCGCGGAGCUGGCCUCACGCUUCCCGACCUCGUCCGGCGUCUACUACUGGUCCUUUCAGCUGCUGCGGGACAAGGACGCGAGCAAGCCAGCCAGCCCUGCGGCGACGGUUACCUCGUACAUAGCAGGUUGGUUCUGGCUGGUCGGCAACUGGACGAUUACCCUCUCGGUCAACUUUGGCUGCGCAUCGCUUCUCGCAGCGACCGUGUGCCUGUACCGCCCGGACUGGGCCGCCGCGCCAGCCUGGCAGCUCCUCCUCGCCUUCUACGCGCUGUGUCUCCUCACGUUCAUCGUCUGUGCCGCUGGCGACGCCCUCCUACCAUACGUCGAUUCCGUCGCGGCCGUGUGGAACCUCGUCACCAUCCUCAUCAUCCUCAUCGUCAUCCUCGCCAUCGCCGGCACCAGAUCCGGCGGCAUACACCCCGCGCUCGGGCACUACGACCCGUCGCCGUCCGGUUGGGACCGCGGUUUCGCCUUCUUCAUCGGCCUACUACCGCCCGCGUACACCUUCUGCGCCAUCGGCAUGGUCACUUCCAUGGCCGAGGAGUGCACCGAUCCUGAGGUGCAAGUCCCGCGGGCCAUGGCGCUCUGUGUGCCUGUCGGCGGUGCCGCCGCGCUGUUCUUCGUGCUGCCGCUGUGUCUGACGCUGCCGCCGCCGGAGGACGUGCUUGCCGGCGCGGCGUUCGGUCAGGCGCUGCCGUAUGUGCUCGCGCGCGCGCUGGGCGGUGCGGCCGGCGGCGUCGCGGUCAUGGUGCCAAUUCUCAUCGUCACCGUCCUCUGCUCUGUCAGUGUCACCACGACCGCGUCACGCUGCACCUGGGCUUUUGCGCGCGACGGCGGGCUUCCGCUUAGCUGGCUGUGGGCGCGGACAACGACCGGAAGCCGCCAGCCGCGGCCGCUUCCGGCGCUCGCGCUCGUCACUAUCGUGCAGAUGCUCCUCGGGCUCGUUAAUCUCGGCAGCAGCAGCGCCUUCACGGCCUUCGUCUCGGUCGGCGUCAUCGGGCUUGCGGCGGGGUACCUGGUACCCAUCGCCGUCAGCCUCGCUACUGGUCGGCGCGCGGUGAGCGAGGCCCGGUGGCGACUACGCCCGGUGAUCGGGAUCACGGUCAACGUGGUUUCGGUGCUCUGGAUUCUCUUUGAGAUGGUGCUGUUCAGCAUGCCGCAAGCACUGCCGGCGACGCCAUCGUCGAUGAACUACGCGUCGGUCGUGUUUGUCGGUUUUGCGGUGAUGAGCGCAGCGUGGUACUUCGUCGGUGGCAGACAGAAGUUUAAAGGCCCUCCAGAGGAGAUUCGUGACGUUGGCAACAGCAUCUACUUUAUUGUCUUGUCGCGAUGCGUCCUCACCAUUGUCUGGCUCGGUGUCCAGACGACUACGGGUGGCCAGUGCACGGAGCUGCUGCUCACGGCUAUCUGGCCCAGCUUCGCCGACAUUCCAAACCAUAUACCUAAAGACGACGGCAUCACAACAGCUGGAAUGGUCACGUUUUUACUUUAUUUCUUUCUCCAGCUUCCCUUAUAUCUGAACCGAGACUUGGGCAACUACGCGACUCUCGGUCUCAACAUUGCCGACGUUUCGAGAUACGCCAACAAGCCCAGCGCGCAAAACGUCCAAGCCAUUUGCCAUCCCAUGCAUCUUCAACCUUACAAAGCAAUUGUUGGCCUGCUCGGCAUCUUUACAGCCGCAGCAGCUCAGUCGGCAUACGGUAGAGUCAUUUGGAACCCAAUCGAGAUUAUCGGCCUGUGGAUGGAGUCUGGCUCCCAUGCCGGACGCGCUGCCGCCGCCCCCGGUGCCAUUGGCCUGGUCAUUGUCACUCUCGGCAUCAACAUCUUUGCAAACUCCAUCAGCGCCGCCAACGACCUCAUGACGCUUGCGCCCAAUUGGACCUUUGUGCCCUGGAAGAUUCUCGCUUCCACGCAGACCUUUAUCGCCUUUCUCGGCGGCGAAACCAUUUUCCAAGGGCCUAUGACUUCGAUUCUGAUGACCGACUACUUCCUCGUCAAGCACAGGAACGUGUCGGUGCCCAACAUGUACGAUUUUCACGGCAUUACCGCUACUCUGCUAAGGCGGCUACAAACUGGCGUGCCCUAG